UAUUUUAUAAUUAAUAAAAUAAGAGAACAUUCAGGAUGGUCUUUGGAUCACCGGAAGAACCGCGUCUGACAGGGAAGGAGAAACUGAAAUUUUUCUUGGCCGUGCAUUGGAGAGGAAUAUGCUGCGUGGUGAUCCCUCUCAUUGCUCUACCGAUUAUCUUACCACCGCCAAUAGAGGACUACGAAUGGUGUGCAUUCACCCUAGUCGUUAUGGCCUGCUUUUGGGUAACUGAGUGUAUUCCAUUGCCGAUUACGUCAUUCUUGCCAAUCAUCAUAUUUCCUAUAACCGGAGUCAAUAGCACGAGUGCAACUUGUGCAGCGUAUAUCAGUGACAGUUUAUUGAUGUUCCUGGGAAGUCUUGUAUUAGCCUCUUGUGUUGAGCAGUCGGGUCUUCACGUGCGUCUUGCUUACUUUGCAGUUCGGACCAUUGGCUUUACUCAUAUAAGGCUUCUUCUUUCAAUGUCCCUUGUUACUAUGUUUGUUUCGAUGUGGAUAACAAAUACUGCAGCAGUAACGAUGAUGGUACCCAUUAAUUUUGCCGUAUUAAAAGUAUUUGAAGAACAAAAAUUGAUAACGAUCUUUGAAUACACUGCAGACGGCGAAAGGAUUGCAUCUGACAUAACUACAUGCUAUUUUUGUGCCGCUACCUUCUCAGCGACAAUAGGCGGUCUUGGCACACUUGUUGGUACCGCAACGAAUUUAGUCAUGAAAGGACUUUUGGUGAAAUCCUUUCCAUUGGUCCCGGAAUAUUUGUCGUUCCCGAAGUUUUCGGCAUUUACCAUUCCAAUGAUGAUUUGUUUGCAAGCUACCACAUUGAUAUGCAUGAAUGUAUUUUUUCUCGGUUGGUUAAGACCAACAAGCGCAGCCGCGAAACGAUCAUAUGUUACCCCUCAGGGCCAAGCGGCUGCGAAAGCGGCUGUUGAUGCUAGCUGGAAAAAAUUGGGGGGCAUAACGUUUUGGGAAUAUAUGGUUAUUCUUUUAUUUGGUGGCUCAAUGAUUUUAUUCUUUUGUCGUUCUCCUCAAAUGUUUCCUGGAUGGGGUGAUAUUUUAGAAGAUGUAUUUGAUAGACCGCACAAAUUUAUAAGAGAUUCGGCUUUAGCAUAUUUAGUAGGAUUUUUAAUGUUAGUUUCACCGUCGAACUUAUCCUUUUUUAAAAAUUUCACAGUUAAAUAUUAUGAACAACUACCAAAGAAACCAGUUUCAUCUGUUCUUGACUGGAAAAAAAUGGAUGCUUCUUUACCAUACAGCUUUAUGUUUCUUCUAGGAGGUGGCUUCGCACUUUCGGAUGCAGCUAAAAAAAGUGGUUUGAAUCAUAAAAUUGGAGAGUCAAUGUCCGUUCUGAAAGCAUGUCCUAACGCCAUUGUUCUUUUAAUUAUUGUUUUCGUAGUAACAUUUGUUACAAACUUUGCUUCAAACGUUGCCGUUUGCAAUGUUUUCGUACCUUUGGUAAUGGAGCUAGCUAAACAAAUUAACCGAAAUCCGAUGUGGUAUUGCCUUGCGGGGGGCCUGUCCUCUUCGUACUGCUUUAUGAUGCCCGUGGGUACGCCUGGUAAUCUGGUCGUGCAAAGUUCUGCAAGUAUUGCAACUUCGAAAAUGAUGGUUGCUGGCGCGGGACCCACAGUAUGUACUGUUUUCCUGACAUGGUUUUUCCUUUAUUUUUGGGCACCGAUCAUAUGGCCGGACUUAACAACAGUGCCGUUUUGGGUGAACUGAAUGGGUUUAAAAUGUAUUGUUGUCUUUAGAAAUUAAUGUUAGUUUAGAUUAUUCAGAAAUAAAUGUAAUUCAUGCACCAUA